AGACAUUCACUUGAAUAACACCAUGCACUAACUACAACAUUGACUCGUUUACAAAAAAAUGACAAGAAAAGUUAGUGAAAAUUAUAACAAAGUUGCAAAGUUAAACUAUCGUGGAUAUAUCACACAGUUUAUUAUUUUUCUAGUUCUACGAUCUCUAGACAUUGCUACAUCUAUAGCAGUUCUCGUAAACGCUUGGUCAAAUAAUGAUGACUGGAAAAACAUCGAUAGUACUUACACAAAUAAAUCUAUUGGAGAGGGAAGAGUGGAAUUAUUCAAUCAACCUAAAAAAGUUUGUCAAGACCUUAAAGAUUGGAAGGAACAUGGUAUCGAUGCAAGUAUUUCAAACUACAAACUGAUUCUCUAUUUUACCGUAUAUUCAAUGACGUCUGUCAUUAUCUUCUUAACACGUCUCGCAUUUUGGUCACAGACCUUACGUAAAAUAUCAAAAGAUGAAAAAGAAAAAAAUCAUACAGACGACAACAUCGUUACAAGAUUAACAAAAAACAGUAAAAUAGCUUUACUAACACCUAUUGUUCGUGCUGUACCAUUAUCUUGUUUAAACACAGAACUUCUUGCUUUACGUUCUGGACAUAAUGGUCUCGUAUGUAUGGCGUGUAUACUUGGAGAAAGAUGUUUGUUUAAGCAACAAUAUAUUGAAAAUACUAUAAACGCGGCAAAACAUAUAUUAUACGCUUAUUACAUAGUAGUCUUCGUAAACUCACAAUGGAAAGGAGUUUCUGCCUUUUAUCGUUUAGUUCGCUUUGAAAAAUUCAACUUGCAUAUGAUUCGAGCUUGUGCAUCUAUGGUUUUUGCAUUCCUGUAUUCGAUAAUGAUUUUUACCCCAGCAAUGUUUAUAUUUAUCUAUCGAUAUAAAGCGACAGCCGGCUUUGAAUCAAUCUUUUUAAAUGACUUGUUUAACAGAUUGAUUGUACUCGGAGCCACGAUAUGGGCUGUAUGUAUGUCAGUUGUUAUUUGCUGUCCUAUACUUUAUGCAAUACAAGUGAGUGCAUGAUAAUAUUAAGGUUUUUUGAGUAAUCGAACUUAUCGUAGGUCAUUCAAUUUGUCAUUAUAAAUUAGAGAUAGUAGAAUAAUAUGUAAUAAAUAAAAUUGAUUAAAUACUAUA